GGUGGAUGUUGGUCGCGUAAGCAGCGCACAGACCGGCGCUUUGGUGGAGUUUUGACGUGGCACUCUGCUUUCCCUGUGAACGACAUACGAGGACUCUGCCCAGAUAACCAGUGUUUCUUCUUGGCAUGAGGAAAGAGUAGACACAAUCAUCAAAUCAAGAUGAGUCAACAGGGCUAUGUGGCAGCACCCCCGUACUCUCAGGCUCAGCCUGGGAUGGGGGGCUACCAGGGGGGGUAUGGACCUCCGGGAGCAUCACAGCCUCUCUAUGGGCAUUAUGGGGGAUCAACACAGCCCUUUAAUGCCCCACCAACAGGUAUGAUGAAAUCUCCAGCUGCAGGAAUGCCUCCAGCUCCAGCAUCAACUCAGUACAAUCAGAAUGUGCAGCAGAAUGGUGCCCACAGGUAUCCUGCUCCCCCAGCUGCUUCAGCUGCUUAUGGACAGCCUCCACAGUCCUCAUACAACAGCAUGCCGCCUCAGGCCCCACCUACAACGCAACAAAUCACCAACCAGAUGAAUGCUAUGAGCAUAGGAAAUUAUGCACCAGGACCUCAAGCUCCAGUGAACUCUGUAGCGCAGCAGCACCUUCAGAGACCUCCUCCAAUGAUGGGUCAGCCUCAGAUGCACCCAGGCCCACAGUCCCCACCCAUGUCCCCUCAAAUGUCUCCCAAUCAGUUUCCUCCUGCAAAUAUGCCCAUGACAGCUCCUGCCAUGGCUGGCACCCCACUGUCACCCCCUCCUGUGGCUGGUUCUCCAAUGGGUGCUCCUCCAAUGGGUGCUCCUUCAAUGGGUGCUCCUUCAAUGGGUGCUCCUUCAAUGGGUGCUCCUUCAAUGGGUGCUCCUUCAAUGGGUGCUCCUUCAAUGGGUGCCCCUCCAAUGGGUGCCCCUCCAAUGUCUGGUCCACCUAUGGGAGGUAUGGGGGGACCUUUUCCUGGAUCACCUCCUCCUGGUGUUGGAGGCUUCCAGCAGGCAGGUCCUGGCCCACAGGGAUUUCCACAGCAACCAGGUCAGUUUGGUGGUCCCAUGGCAGGACCCCAGCCUGGAAUGCCUGGAGGCUUCCCAUCGGGACCAUCGCAACUGGCUGGACCACCUCAAAAGAAACUGGACCCAGACUCUAUCCCCAGUCCAACCCAAGUGAUUGAGGAUGACCAAGUGCGACGAGGAGAACAGGUCUACGCCACAAACAUCAGAGGACAAGUGCCACCUCUGGUCACAACACAGUUCACAGCACAAGACCAAGGUAAUGCUAGCCCCAGAUUUAUGAGAUGCACUACUUACUCCCUGCCCUCCACCGCUGACCUGGCAAAACAGUGCCAAGUCCCUCUGGCGUCCAUCAUUAAACCUUUGGCUUGCUUGCCAAAGAAUGAGACUCCGUUGUAUGUUGUGAACCAUGGUGAGACUGGACCCAUCCGCUGUAACAGAUGCAAGGCCUACAUGUGCCCGUAUAUGCAUUUUACUGAAGGCGGUCGUCGCUUCCAGUGUGGAUUCUGCAACUGUGUCAACGAAGUGCCAGUGUUUUAUUUCCAACAUCUUGACCACAUGGGGCGAAGGGUGGACUUCUACGAGAGACCUGAGUUGUCACUUGGGUCAUAUGAGUUUGAAGCUACCCUAGACUACUGCAAGAACAAUAAGCCACCAAAUCCUCCAGCCUUCAUCUUUAUGAUUGAUGUCUCCUACAACAACAUUAAGAGUGGACUGGUCAAAAUGAUCUGUAAUGAGUUGAAGACACUGCUCGAGAAACUACCAAAAGAGGAAGGUAGAGAGAGCUCAGUGAUAAAGGUGGGCUUUGUCACUUACAACAAGGUCCUUCAUUUCUACAAUGUGAAGAGUGCUCUGGCCCAGCCACAGAUGAUGGUGGUCUCUGAUACUGCCGAGAUGUUUGUGCCUCUGCUCGAUGGAUUCCUUGUCAACUACCAGGACUCCAAGGCUGUUAUCUACAACCUUCUGGAUCAGAUCCCCGAUAUGUUUGCCAACUCAAAUGAGAGUGAAACGGUCUUUGCCCCCGUCAUUCAGGCCGGAGUGGAGGCACUUAAGGCAGCUGAAUGCAGUGGUAAACUUUUCAUCUUCCAGUCUGCCAUGCCCACAGCUGAAGCUCCUGGCAAACUGAAAAACAGGGAUGACAAAAAACUCAUCAAUACAGACAAAGAAAAAACCCUAUUCCAGCCACAGAAGGGUGUCUAUGAGCAGCUAGCUAAAGACUGUGUGGCUAACGGCUGCAGUGUGGACCUUUUCCUCUUCCCCAGUCAAUAUGUGGACCUGACGACUUUGGCCAGUGUUCCCUCUCAUACCGGAGGGUCUGUCUACAAGUACAACAACUUCCAGGUGGAGACUGAUGGGGAGCAUUUCUUGAGAGAUCUGAGGAAAGACGUGCAAAAACCCAUUGGAUUUGAUGCUGUAAUGAGAGUCCGGACCAGCACAGGUUUCAGAGCGACGGACUUCUUUGGCGCCAUCCACAUGAACAAUACCACAGACGUAGAGAUGGCCUCUGUAGAUUGUGACAAAGCAGUUACAGUUGAAUUCAAGCACGACGAUUCUCUGGGUGAAGACACAGGAGCGCUGAUCCAGUGUGCCUUGCUCUACACAACCCUGAGUGGACAGAGAAGACUGCGCAUUCACAACCUCAGCCUGAACUGCAGCUCUCAGUUAUCCGACUUGUACAAAAGCUGCGAGACAGAUUCACUCAUCAACUUCUUUGCCAAAUCAGCUUAUCGUGCCAUUUUGAACCAGCCCAUAAAGAACGUGAGAGAGAUCCUUGUCAACCAAACGGCGCACAUGUUAGCGUGCUACAGGAAAAACUGCGCUAGUCCCUCUGCAGCUAGCCAGUUGAUCCUGCCUGAUACCAUGAAGGUGUUCCCAGUCUACAUGAACAGUCUGAUGAAAUCGUCUCCAUUAGUGGCGAGCACAGAGCUGCCCACAGACGACAGGGCCCAUCAGAGACUGUCCGUCCAGGCCAUGGGGGUGGAGGAGACUCAGCUGCUGCUGUAUCCACGCCUCAUCCCCCUGCACAAUAUGGAUCCCAGCAGUGAUGUCCUUCCUGCUCCUGUCCGCUGCUCUGAAGAACGCCUCUCGGACUCUGGGAUGUUCCUGCUGGAAAAUGGACACUCCAUGUUUUUGUGGCUAGGACAAGGAAGUUCACCUGACCUCAUCCAGGGACUCUUCAACCUACCGUCCCUUGCUCACCUACAACCCGACAUGACUGACUUGCCGGAGCUAGACAACCCACUGUCGAAGAAAAUCCGGUCCAUUGUCAACGAUCUGCUUGAGAAGAGAUCCAAUUCAAUGAAACUUCAUAUCGUGAGGCAGAAGGACAAGCCGGAGAUCGUUUUCCGUCAGUUUCUGGUGGAGGAUAAGGGUCUUUACGGUGGCGCCUCCUACAUGGACUUCCUCUGCUUUGUGCACCGGGAAAUCAGGCAACUCCUCACCUAACCUCCAGCUCUGCACCUCCAUGGACAAUACUGUGGCCACAAGGGGGCAGUACUUUACUCCUCUUCAGUUUGUACCUAUGUUUCAGAGGGACCAAAAUGAUUAUUUACAGGUUUAGGUUAAAACAAGGAGAAAACCCAUGGGAUUCCUAAGCUGCCUUUCUUACACAGCAGACAAACCACUUUCCAUACAAGACAUGCUUUUAACUUUAUCUAAUUAUUUUGUUUACUUUUCAUAAGCCAGUAUUACAGGAAUACAUAUCAACCAGUUGCCUGUGAUUUUAAUAACACGCAGGAUUUAUUCUGAAAUAAAUUUUGGCAAAGCAAUACAACAUUGAUCUCCACUGUGGAUUCAAAGAUUAUUCCUGAGACCUACACUUCACAUUCUUUUAACAACUCAAUAAAAGAGGCUUCAACAUGUAAGACUUGUAUGUACUGUUAAAGAUGCAUGGUGUAAUUUUUCUGCUGGAUAGUCUGCCAUCUGCUUGUAUCCAUGGAGAUGUUAUUGGUUUGCCUGGAACUUUCGAGGGAGUAUUUUGCAAAAGUUUUAUUAUUAUUUUUACCUUUCAACCAUGUUAUAUCGUUGUUCCCUUAUCAAAAAUAUACCUGAAGAGGUUUUAGAUUUCAUCCAUGCAUGUUUGUGUAAUUUUGCGAUGUCUCCCGGGCCCAAUUCGAACCCUCUUUACGGUUAGCUAUGAGAUUCAGCGCUCAGCCCACUACGUCACCCAUGCUCCCACACAACUCUGCAUAAAUAUACAAAAGCAUGAUUCAAAACUGUACCCAACUGAGGCCAUGUGCAGUACUUUCAUUAUCAGGAUGCACAUGGAUUGUGCUGUAAUAGCGCUCUGAAGGGGGAGUGACUUUGUGUGAGGAGCAUGGUGAUCUAAAUAUGUUAUAUGUUCACAGUUUAUACCCCAAAGAAGUGUAAUACCUCCUCUUUAAGCACGUGGUGUACUGGUCACCAGAAAAGUUAGUGCACCUUUAAGGAAAUGUAAUAACUUUGAUAGGAUUUAUUUUGUUUAAAGGCAUUCCAUGAAACUUUUUACUUUUACAGAUUAUAUUUAAAUAGCUUUAUGUAACUGUGUCUAAAGUGUAGCCAAUUCACGAGGUUGGUGCUAUAAUACCAAUAAUGUCAAUCAAACUACGCCAUACAAAUACUCUUUAAAAAAUAUGGUUUCAAAUAAUGGGAAGUGCAAUCUUACCACAGCAAUCUGUAGAUUUUCAUUACUUUUUAAUAAUGUGUCUAAAAUAUCAUUUUAAUGAGGAAAAUAUAUUUGAGGUUUUCAGUUUUCAAGCCAAACAUCAGUGCGUUAAGUAAUACCUGUUGUUGAUACUAGGAUUAAAUAAUGAAUGUUUCGUAAUGGACAUCUACAUAUCUAUGCGUUCAGAGUGGCUCACAAGAUUUAAUUUCAUUUAAAAACAGUAUUGUUUUUUUUUUAGAAAUGGUCCGAUAUCAUUUGCAUAUUCUGUGUACAACAUGUAUUAUGUUUGAUCCAUACAGUGUAAUGUACUUCAGGAUGGACUGAAAAAGUGUGUCAUUUUGACUUAUUGUGCCUAUGUUUAAAAAUAUUGCCUUAAGUUGAUGUAGUUUUUGUGUUGGACCCAAAAUUGGUUUGUAUGCAAUUAAAUCUCAGGUGGAAAUACAAA